UAUGUAUAUAUAUGUAUAAAAAUAGCAGAAUUUGGAAUAUCGAUCCUUCCCUACAGUUUUACCUAAUUUCAAACAAGAAACCAACCGACCGACGAAACCAAAGACAGAGAGAGAACAGAACAGAAGAGAGUGAGUAGUGUAAAACCGAAAUCCUACUUCUCCACCACCAAUGGAGACCUCCACGUCUGACCCAAACAGUGGCUUCUCUUCCAAAACCAAGAUUUUUCACAGUCUUCGCCCUCCCAUUUCCUUUCCUCCUUCACCCACCCCUUUUUCUCUUCCCGAUUACGUUUUCUCCCUCCUCCCCCACUCACCCCCCACCACCUCCCUCCUCAUCGACGCCACCACCCGCCGCUGCAUUCCCCUCUCCCGCCUCCCCCACCUCGUCCGUACCCUAGCCUCUAACCUCCGCCGCUACCUCCACCUCUCCAAGGACGACGUUGCUUUCAUUCUCUCCCCCAACUCCAUCCACAUCCCCCUUCUCUACCUCUCCUUGCUCUCCCUUGGCGCCAUUGUCUCUCCUUCAAAUCCUCUCAGCUCCACUCCCGAGGUUUCCUGGCAAAUCCACCUCAGCAAACCCGUGAUCGCCUUCGCCACCUCCGAGACCGCCGCCAGCCUCCCCUCCCUGCCCAAGGGGACAAUCCUCCUCGACUCUCCCGAGUUCGAGUCGCUUCUUGUCCCCUGCAGCAGCAGCCCAUCCCACGAUGGACUUGGUCCAGUGGAGGUGUUCCAGAACGACACCGCUGCGAUUUUGUACUCCUCCGGGACGACGGGGAGAGUCAAGGGAGUGGAGCUUACGCAUCGGAACUUCGUCGCCGCGAUCGCCGGAGUACACGCGGUUCGUGAAGCUCGGCAAUCCCCUGCGGUCACUCUCUGUGUGGUUCCUUUCUUUCAUGUCUACGGCUUCGUGUUGUGCAUUAGGGAGGUGGCGCUGGGCGGAAGCGUAGUAGUGGCGGCGGGGAAGAGCUUGGACUCGAUCUUGGGAGCUGUUGAGGAGUCCAAAGUGACGCAUUUGGCAGCAGCGCCGCCUUUGGUGGUGGGUAUGGUGAAGAGUGCAGCGGCGGAGAAGUACGAGUUAAGGUCCUUAGAGGCGGUGCUGUGCGGCGGAGCUCCGGUGGCGAAUUCGGUGAUUGAGAGGUUUAAGCAGAGGUUUCCCAAUAUUUCCCUGCUGCAGGCAUAUGGGCUGACUGAAACAACUGCAGGAAUCACCAGAACGAUAGGCCUGAAUGAAAGCCGAGUAGCUGGUGCAAAUGGCCGUCUGGUCUCUAAUUGCCAAGCCAAAAUUGUUGAUCCGCUCACUGGCCACAAUUUACCUCCUCUAAAGCCAGGGGAACUUUGGAUAAGAGGGCCGAUGGUCAUGAAAGGCUAUGUGGGUGAUAAAGAAGCAACUGCUGCGACGAUUGAUUCCGAGGGAUGGUUAAGAACUGGUGAUAUUUGUUAUUUCAACAGUGAAGGCCUCCUGUUCUAUGUGGACAGGAUGAAGGAAUUAAUUAAAUACAAAGGCUACCAGGUUGCUCCUGCCGAGCUGGAAGAUAUUCUUAUAUCACAUCCAGCCAUUCUUGAUGCAGCCGUGAUCCCGUAUCCUGAUGAGGAUGCAGGCCAAGUACCUGCAGCCUUUGUGGUAAGACAACCAGGGAGCACUAUAAACGACUCACAGAUCAUGGGUUUUGUGGCAGAACAGGUGGCUCCAUACAAGAAAAUCAGACGGGUGUUCUACAUAGACUCAAUACCAAAGAAUGCCCCAGUCCUGAAGGAAUAAGAGUUCCUCCCCUGUAAAAUUUUGAAGUGCAGUUGAGCAAUUCCUGAAAGUUAUAUUCUAAUAGAAAUACCUAUUUCAAGGACAUCUUCAUACAGAGCUACGAAUGGCAGAAGUAAUUAGCAUUAAAUAACCUUUCUUAACUGUUAGAGCUUAAGUGAUUGCCGAUUUAUUCUAGUUCGAUGACUAAUCCAUAAAGCUGUAAACAAUAACGUAUUCCAGAAAUGAAUAGAUAUACAUUUAGAAAUCUCCAAGAUGGUGUAUUACAUGCUCUGCCUAGCAUAAGAAGACAGGUUGGAG